UCAAAGAAAAACGCGUGAAUUUCUUGGCCGAAUGGCAGGGUUUUCUGCUUGGACUGUGGCGGAGGGAAAGUGAAAAAUAAUUUAAAUAUGUGAACUUGGUAAGAAUUGAUUUUUUCCGGUAAGAACCUUAUUUUUAUACGGCACUGCUCUAAUAACAUAUUUCCACGAGAUUUUAAUGUCUGCUAUUUUAUUGGUACUAUGUGGAGUAUCGUAAUCGUCCGAGAUAUUAUAUCGAUGCCUCGCGAACCUAAUGCGAGCGAACAGCUAAGAGUCGUGGAUUUCAUUGAUUACUUUUAGAAUCAUUUAUUUAAGCGAUAAAAAUCCUGUUUAUUAUCUACAACUAGCCCUGUUUCCGAGUACAGCCUGAGUAGAGUAUCCUAGCCGUUCAAAAUACAUCGAUGCCUCGUAAAGGCAUCCGCAACUAGCCCUGUUUCGGGCAACAGCCUAAACCAAGUAUCGCAAUUGUUCGAAAUACAUCGACGCCUCAUACACCCGACACUCGCAAACAGUUACAACUUACAAACAUCGUCAACCACAACUACGAUAACUUGUACUUUCAACGGAAACCCUACUUUUACCUACACCUACCCCUAUUCCACAACAUCGGUCCAAAUAUAAAAUUCUAAACACGGAGAGUACAUCGAUGUUUCCCAAACCCAACGACCACGUUACCCUUCCUUCCAUAUUAACGACAAACGAUAAACAUUACGCGACCUCCACCCCCUCGUCGAUCACAAUCGAUGUCAGAUGAAGAAGCGAGAAGUCGUCUCUCUAAUAAAAAUUAAAAAAAAAAAAUAGAAUAAAAAAUAGUUGCAGACGGGAGACACUGUACCGCGUAAGCAGUCGGUCUCCAUCUGGCGCGAACUUAUCGCAAGGUAUCCUUUUUCUGUCGUUGCGCGUCUGGCCGCGCAUGCGCCGGGACGGUGCAACACGCGCCCUCCGAUGAGCCUUCCGCACGGUUGAGCAUUUCCACCAUUCAGAAUCGAUGAUGUCACGAAGCGGAGCCAGCAUCCCCACCGGCCGCAGCGGCCAAGGGUGGUGGUGGUAACGUUGCCCUCCGCCCAUUGGUCCGACGUACGUCGAGGUACCAACGCGAAUCGCGGGGUCGCAAGCGCGACCCAACGAGAGUCCGCAAGUCGGUGCGUGCCAGUCCGUGCGUGUGCUUUACCUAAUAAUAUUUCCACGGCCAGGAGUGCCCGCUAGUGCCCGCUUCUCUCGCGUCUCGCCACCGAUUUCAUCCCUCUCGCUCGUCCUUAACUUUGCCCCGUCUCUCUUGCUCUCUUUAACUCUCCCUCUCUCUCUCUCUCUCCCUCUCUCUCUCUCUCACUCUAACUAAAACGCACACACCGUCUCGAUCCUACGUGGACCACUCUCGGAGAGCCAAGAAAGCAGAAGAUUCACGCUGCAGAGCAGCACGUGUGCUGCGCUCGUGCGGAUCGUACAAGCCACCCCCACCCUACCUGCGUUUACCGCCGCGGAACGAAACGCGUUUCACGUCCUACGUGGGCCCGUACCGAGCAAUUACUCGCGAUAACUAAUCGCGUGCUGUUCGUUUCACGCCGCGGCUCUCCGCUUCGUAUUGGUUCGGUUCGCAGAAGGAAGUGCUUAGAAGAUUCCACCGAGCCGAGUAACGCGUUCGUUCGCCAUCGAUCCGUGAUCGUUUCACGUUCGGUUGUUCGACGUUCGUCGACCCGGUCGAGUCGUGACGACGUUUCAUCGGUGUUCAGUGUUGGGACGCGCCAGUGACCGUCACGUCGUUGUCGCGUUCGCUCGUGAAAACUGUGGGAAAAGUACGCGGUGUGACGGUACCACGUUCUCCACGGAUUCGUCGUGGUGCUUUCUGCGGGAGCCGAUCGGAGGAGCAGCGUCGGCCGACGGCAGCUUUUGUGACCGGAAGUGCCCAAAGGCCCGAAGAUUCUGCCUUCGCAGCAGCUGGGCGCUGCGGUCGCUCCAUGGCCGGGCGCCACCGGCCUCCUAGCCUCUGUCACCGCUGACGAUAUGGCACACAAAGGUCACAGCGGAGUGAAUCAGCUUGGAGGUGUGUUCGUCGGCGGUAGACCACUCCCAGACUCGACGAGGCAAAAGAUCGUCGAACUGGCGCAUUCCGGUGCGCGACCUUGCGACAUUUCCAGGAUUCUGCAGGUCAGCAAUGGCUGCGUGUCGAAGAUUCUAGGCAGGUACUAUGAAACCGGAUCCAUCAGGCCUAGAGCCAUCGGUGGCAGCAAGCCACGCGUAGCCACGGCGGAAGUCGUAAGCAAGAUUUCCCUGUACAAAAGUGAGUGCCCUUCUAUAUUUGCGUGGGAGAUCAGAGAUCGUUUGCUUCAGGAGGGUGUCUGCACGAACGACAACAUUCCUAGUGUGUCGUCCAUCAACAGGGUGCUGAGAAACUUGGCGGCACAGAAGGAGCAGCGACAACAACAGCAACAGCAGCAGCAAGGAGUGCCCGCCGUUGGCGUCGGCGUCGGUGCUGGAAGUCCAGCCGAAAGUGUUUACGAUAAACUGAGGAUACUAAAUGGACAGACCACGGGAUGGCCCAGACCCAAUCCAUGGUACUCAUCCGGCCCUGGCAGUCCGUUUCCAUCGUUGCAACCCAGCCUAAGUCCGAGCCACUGUACGGCCUUGCCACCGGACCCCGCGGACAUCCUGCACGCGAAAAAAGUGGCAGAGCUCGAGGGCGGCGCGCACUCGGAUGAAACGAACAGCGGCGGGGACAACAGCAACGCCGGAAGUGUGUCUGGCGGCACGGACGACGAUCAAGCGCGUCUCCGUUUGAAGAGGAAGCUUCAAAGGAAUCGCACGAGCUUCAGUAACGAGCAGAUCGACGCUCUCGAGAAGGAAUUCGAGAGGACCCAUUACCCGGAUGUUUUCGCCAGGGAGAGACUGGCCGGAAAGAUCGGCCUACCGGAAGCGCGAAUACAGGUCUGGUUUUCGAAUCGGCGGGCGAAGUGGCGGCGCGAAGAGAAAUUGCGCACGCAACGGAGGGACAACCCGCAGCACCAGCAGCAACCGCAAUCGCAGCAACAGCAACAACAAUCUCAGCAGCAGCAACAACAUGCUGGCGGGGUCAGCCUUGUCGGUGCGGGUCAUCCGACGCCGCCGCCAGCCUCGGGGAUACUUGGCGGUCAACCGCCCCCGCAAGCACCGCCAUCGCCGCCUAGGAUACACCAUGGCUUCGCGCCUACUGCCGUUUAUCCCGGAAUACCCAGCAUGCCUGAUUCCUACAGCCCAAUGACGUCUAUGCCAAGCUUCACGAUGUCCGGCGGCAGCCAGCAAAACCAGCACACGACCAGCAGCAUGUCGUCGUUGUCGACUGGAGGUGGAAUGGGUCCCAUGGGCAUGACCGUGGGCAUGACGGUUGGGCCUAGUCCCGGUGCCUGUCUUCAGCAACGAGACAACGGGUACUCUUGCGGAGUCGCGCGUCCUCCGAGUUACGAGCCCCUUCAUCUUGGAUACGGUGCGAGACCCACUUGCAGCCCGACCCAACCCUACCACACGGCGGGCCUGAACCAGUACAAUCAAAACACCAGCUCGACCGGUGAGUGUCUACCGCACUCACUGCACUCGCUGCUUGCACUUUAGCGGACGGACUACCACGGAUAACACGCUAUCGAGCCUGCUGGUCUGAUAUCGCCGGGUGUCAGCGUACCGAUCGCCGUACCAGGCCAGCCGGCACCAGACAUGGCGGCGCAAUACUGGUCGCCGAGGCUGCAGUGACCGUGGUGGUCAUCGGUGUCGACAUCCUCUCCGUAGGCUCGAGCUUCUUUGACUUACGUUAGUUUACAAACGUUAGAUACAGGAGGACGCGAGGAGAAGACGUUCGAAAUCGAUGAAAGACGGUUCUCGCAAAGGUUCAAGACGAUUCCGCCGUUGUCAGAAAUGGAGGACGACGGUCAACGUCAGGAGACUCUUGUAAAAUAGGUGUUGGGUUCGACAAAAGUUGUAGCGCUUGAAGCAAGACUCUCUUCGCAAGGACCACAGGGUAGUUUUACAGAGACGAUACUAAUGUCGGAACCUUUCGUGUUCGGGUCUCCGUAUUUUCAUAUUAAUGGCGGGG